CUUCGCCCUAAACUUGUCGAUGCGGCGGAUGCGAUCGUCAGCCUUCCCCCCUCGGCGAUUUUUAUGCUAUUCUGCAGCCUUGCGCCUCCGUCCACAAACCUGCCACAACCACGCGAGAGGCCGUGCUGAUUUAUAUUUGACUUCUAGGCCACCCACGUCUCAACUUGACCACACUCCAGCAGCGGGACCCCAUGCCGUGGGACGCGGCUACGCUCCUCAACCCGCGGGCUGCCUCUGUCGCCUCUUCGACGAUGCAACCUGUCGUUGGCGCCCCGAGCCGCUCGUUGAGCAGCUCGAACUUGCCCGACACCAUGACCUUUGAGUUCACAACCCCCAGCAAUCCAUCCGGUAGCAGCCUCUCGGUGCCUGCCUUCGACGGCCAGAACGGCCAGAACCCCCGCCCGCCUAACCCCCCGACCAUGCCCAUAUUCCAGAACGGAUUCGGCCAGCGGAUUGAGCGCUUGAAUAAUGUUCAAGAGCGCAUACCCGUACCCCAGCCGAAGCGCAGAAAGACGCAGUCAGAAGCCGACCCUCCAAGCGCGAACAGCCCUUUCGACGGCCUAGGCGGAUUCACCAGGUUAAGCAGCGGUUCACUGGGCGAGCACGCCAAGAAGGAGGCGACUGACAGCCAGUCCUCGUUGUCUGUCCUGAAGCCUAUGGAGACGGUCGAUCUGACCGAGAAUGACUCGGACGCCGUCGUGAUGGCCGAGAAGCCGAAGGACGUCACCAGAGACGAGGAGGUCUGCUUUGGCAUGAUUGAAGGAGCUACCCUCAACUGUCACCGUGUCCCGGCUCCCAAACCCAACAUGGUAUCUAUCGCCGGCGCUGGCUAUUGGCCGCAGGUCAAGGUUGUUCUCAAGAGAAGGGCAGACGAUCUCACGAGCAAGAUUCACGUCUAUGACUAUACGCGCGUAAUCUUCGGAAACUUGGAUCCCAGGACGGCCAACUGUCUUGCUCCUCUUCUCGAUUCGCCCUUCCAAAUCCGCACUGAUUGUCGGAUACCCAUGCGGCGGAAGCUUCCUGGUGAACAGACUGGUCAGGCGGUCUCCUGCGUCCUCAAGUUUGAGCUGAUGGUGUACGGCCCUCGGAGAUUCGCCGUAGCCGUGGGAAGACACUUGGUUAGGUUUCAAGUGAACCUUCUCAGUCCUCCCCGGGUCGACGCUGGUGUGAAGGUUGUCAAUCCUUUGGCGCAAGAAAACAGGCUCCCGCCUCCAUCUCGCCUCAGCAGUCUGGGAGACAAAUUUGCGUAUCCCCAGCACCCACCCACGGUGCGCACUGUGGAGGAGAUCCGCUCUGAAGUUAUGGGCGUCUUUGACUCGCUCCAGAAGUCAGAAGAUCUCCCAAUCAUGGACCCGGACGAACGAAUCAUAACGCCUCUGCUCCAGCACCAGCGCCAAGCCCUCUUCUUCAUGACCAACAGGGAGGUAGACACGAUCCCCGCAUAUGGCGAUUCCGUGGCCAGCUCCACGUGGCAGCGUAGGAAGAACCAACAUGGCUCGGAUAUAUACUACAACGUCAUCACGAACCAGGCACAGCAGGAGCGUCCGCCGGCCGCUCUCGGUGGCAUCCUUGCGGAUAUGAUGGGUCUGGGCAAGACUCUUAGUAUAUUGUCUCUUUUGACGACAACGUUGGAUGAGUCGGCGGCUUGGUGGAAACAGCCCCCAGUACAGCCAAGGCUGCCUGAGAAGAAGCCUUCCAACAACUCGAGAUCCUUUGACGUUCCGAAGCCUCAAAGCGUUGGCCUUACACCGAUCAAGCAGAAUGGAAAAGCAACCCUUCUCAUUUGUCCCCUGAGCACCGUCACAAACUGGGAGGAGCAGAUCAAGCAACAUGUCAAGCCUGGCAGUCUGUCGUAUCACAUAUAUCACGGCCCCAACCGCGUGAAGGAUGUGGCGCAGCUGGCCCAGUUUGACAUUGUUAUCACAACCUACGGCUCUGUCUCGAGUGAGCUGAAUGCGCGGGUCAAGAAGAAGCGAGGCGUCUAUCCUCUGGAGGAGAUUUCGUGGUUCCGAAUCGUCCUCGACGAAGCCCACAUGAUUCGGGAGCAGAACACACUAACGUUCAAAUCCGUGUGCCGACUGCAGGCGAGCCGACGGUGGGCAGUCACGGGAACUCCGAUACAGAACAAGCUGGAAGAUCUUGCGUCACUUCUGGCAUUCGUACGACUCAAGCCGUUUGACGAAAAGAGCAAGUUCCUGCAGUACAUCAUCACCCCUUUCAAGAACGCAGACCCCGAAAUUGUGCCCAAGCUUCGGGUCCUGAUUGACACGAUAACGCUUCGCCGCCUGAAGGAUAAAAUCGACCUACCGCCGCGGGUUGAUGAGAUCAUCAGGCUCCCGUUCAGCCCAGAUGAACAACGCAUCUACGACUGGUUUGCUAAGACCGCUCAGGAGAGAGUGCAGGUCCUGACGGGCCAAGGUAUAGGACAGGAGCGAAUCCUUGGCGGCAAGACAAUGAUCCAUAUCCUGCGGUCUAUUCUCCAGCUCCGCUUGAUUUGUGCCCAUGGAAAGGAUCUACUCAAUGAUGAUGACCUUGCCGAACUUCAGGGCAUGACGGCAGACACUGCGAUAGACAUUGAAAGCGACGAAGACGAAGAGAAGCCAAUGCUACAGGAAGCCAAGGCUUACGAGAUGCUCUACUUGAUGCAGGAGGGCAAUAGCGAUACUUGUUUCAGGUGCAAUCGCAAGCUAGGCUCCAACGAGGUCAUUGACCUUGAAUCGGAGCGACAGGAGGACGAUAUCAUGGGCUACAUGGCACAAUGCUUUCACGUAUUCUGCCCAGUCUGCAUUGGUACACUGCGCGGCGAGCAACAAGCCGAAGGCAGACCCUCCUGUUCGGGAUGUCGAGAGGUUACCGACAGCUCUUCGUGCGUACCACUUCGCCGGACCCGCGCCGACAUGGAACAUGAAUCUCGGUCAGCGAAAUCAAACAAGGGUGGAACAGGCAAGAUUGUGGCGGACGAACGCUAUACGGGUCCUCACACCAAGACUCGUGCCCUCCUCGAGGACUUGCUGGCCUCGAAGCAAAAGAGCGAACAGAACCGCGACGAGCCGCCAUACAAGUCCGUUGUCUUCUCAGGCUGGACCUCGCAUCUCGAUUUGAUACAGAUCGCCUUAGACAACGCCGGAAUUACUUAUACGCGCCUCGAUGGGAAAAUGACGCGCACGGCGCGGAACGCCGCCAUGGAUUCAUUCCGAGAUGAUCCGUCAGUGCAGGUCAUUCUCGUCAGCAUCAUGGCUGGCGGACUGGGCCUCAACUUGACGACGGCCAACAGCGUGUUCGUCAUGGAGCCGCAAUUCAACCCGGCGGCCGAAGCCCAGGCCGUUGAUCGUGUCCACCGCUUAGGUCAGAAGCGCCCCGUCCGAACGGUCCGCUACAUUAUUCAGGACAGCUUCGAGGAGAAGAUGCUCAAGCUACAGGAGAAGAAGCAGAAGCUUGCGAGCCUCAGUAUGGACGGCCGUGACAAGGACAAGGUCAUGGACCAGACCGAGGCGGCGAGACAGCGCUUGAUGGAUCUGCGCAGUCUGUUCAAGUAGUUACGCUGCCCCAUUUUCCCCUUGAUUUGUUUUUUUUCUUUCCCAUUCCUUUUUUGCCUUUAUCCCCCACCUCUCCACGCAGUUUAUUUUUCCGUCAUGGUGGGAA